GAGCAAUCCAUCAAACAGAAGCAGCAGGAAAUUAUGGCGCAGCAGAUGAUUGCGCAACAGCAGAAGGCCGUGGCCCUGGGAGAACUGAAGAAGAAACAGGAAGAGCAGAGAAGGCAGCAAGAGGAAAACCGACUGAGGCAGCAGGAAGAGAUGAAGCGGCGUGCAGCCGAGCAGCGGCAGAAGAUGGAAGAACAAACCAGAAAGAAUAUGGAGGAACAGAAGAGGUUGGCUGAGGAGCGAAAGAGGCAGUUCGAGGAGCAGAAGGCUGCGAUGACUUUGCGCCAUUUCUUGGCUCAGAAGAUCCGGGUCGCCAAAGAAGAAUCCGAGCUGGCCGUAGCUCAGCAGGAGUUGGCCGAGCUCAUGCAGCAGGAGCUGCCCAAGUGCGGCAGCAGCGCAGAGAAGGUGCAAACCGAGUGCGCUCAGGCGGUAGAGAUCACCCUGAAGCGAAUUGAGACGGUCAAAGAACAGAAGCGGAAAGAGGAGGAACGUCUGGGAGUCCCAGAGAUGGUUUGGGCCUGGGGCUUCUGGGCAUCAGUUUUAGCAAGCAGCUUGGUGGGGGGAAUGCAGGAUCAAGAGAUCAGAUUUUCGGUGCCCUGCGGUGUUGUUUUUAGUCGCGUGGCGCCCUUCUUUAUAGAGCAAGGGUUAAAACCCGUGAUGAAACUGGUUGAGCUGGAUUCAUUUUUCCACAUUUUUGAUUGGGUUGGAGCCUUGGUGUUUCAACCACCUUUUCCAACCGGUUUUGCCAUGGCCCUCCCCCUGGGCCGGCGGCUCCUGCCGCGGCUCCUGCCGCGGCAUGACCCGCUGCGCUGCGGGUCGUACCGUAGCUUGUCCAUUGCGGCACUGACGGGAUCCACACCCAUGGAGAAGAGGGGAGGAGUCUCUGCCCCGCGUUUCCACGUGGGAGUGGUGGUGGUGCCACAGCAAAUCGCAUGGGUCAUCGAACGGCUGGGCAAAUUUCAGAAGGUCCUAGAUCCAGGAAUUCACUUCUUGGUGCCCAUGGUGGACCGGGUCGCCUAUGCGCAUUCCUUGAAGGAGGAGGCCAUUGCCAUCCCCAACCAACAGGCCAUCACCAAGGACAAUGUGACCAUCAGUAUCGAUGGUGUCCUCUAUUUGAAAGUGGUGGAUGCCUAUCAGGCCUCCUACGGCGUCCACGACCCCUUCUUCGCCGUGACGCAGCUGGCGCAGACCUCCAUGCGCUCGGAGAUCGGCAAGAUGACGCUGGAUAGGACUUUCGAAGAGAGAGAUGCCAUGAACCAGGCCAUCGUGCAUGCUGUGAACGUGGCAGCACAUGCCUGGGGCAUCGAAGUCCUGCGAUAUGAGAUCCGGGAUAUCAUACCACCUGCCUCCAUCAAGCAGGCCAUGGAGAUGGAGGCGGAGGCAGAGCGCCGGCGUCGCGCGGAGGUCUUGCAGAGCGAAGGAGAUCGGCAGAGCGAGGUGAACUUGGCACAAGGCAAGAUGCAAGCAGCCAUCCACCAAGCCAAAGGUGACGCGGCAGUGAUCCGGGAACGAGCCAAGGCGACCGCUGAAGGUAUCGAGCUCAUCAGCGCGGCCAUCGCCUCCAAUGCUGGAGGCCACCAAGCCGCUACCCUGCGGGUGGCGGAGCAAUGGGUGGCCGCAUGGAAGGAGAUGGCUCGCAAGUCCAACACCAUUAUCGUCCCGGCCAACGCCGGCGAUGCCUCCUCCAUGAUUGCCUCGGCCACAAGUAUCAUGAAGCAACUGGGUGAUGGCUCACCCCUGGGACCCCUAGAGGGGACGGCCUUGCCGCCGGCCGAUCCGUCCCAGAGCGCCUUCAACAAGGAGACCGCAGAGGAAGUGAAGUCAGAAUAG